AUACUAAGUACAAACUAUCUAGUGGUUAUGGGUUAAUUAUAUUUUUAUUCUUCAAAAAGUAUGAGUUUUGUGUUUUGGUUUUCAAUGUAUAAAAAUGUUUUACUAAUGUUUAAAUUGUGUCAAUUUGAUUCUCAAUGUAUAAAAAGUGUUUUAAUUUUUAAUCUCCCAAUUUAACUCAGUUAAAAGAUAUUGGCAGACUAAAUUAAAGCAUUUUGAGAUCAAAAAUGUUAUUAACAAAGUGGUUAUUUCUGAGAAGCAAAGAAUGGUAGCUAAAAAACAGAGGAGGACGGUGAAGACAAAGCUAAGAAACAAGGCCUCCCUAUAAAAAAAAUGCACAUAAGGGCCUUAUAAGCACUAUGAGAAAGUGAGGUAUGUGAAAGUGAAUACAAAAAUGAUAAUGAAGAAAGAGAGAGAUUGUAGACAGCGUGUGAUUGUAGUAUUGGAUGGAAUCAAGGCUUCCACAGAGAAGAGAGGGGUUGCACCGCUAAGGUAUGCUCUGCGCGAGGUGGUUGGGCCGAGGGAUGAACUUCUGGUGAUUCUUGCUGUACACAAUUCAGAAUGUAAUGAAGUAAAAGGAGGCUGUUAUUGCAUGGGAGAUGAACAAGGAUUUGAUGAGCAAUUUUCAAGUGAAGGAGGAGAAGAUUCUUACAUUAAGUUUCUCCAAGAAGAGAUGUGUCAAAGAAAGGAAGCUUUUGCCAACAUCUUCAGACCUUACUAUGAUAUAUGCAAAACCAAUGGUGUGAAGUUUCAGGUGAAGAUAGUCACCAUCUUCGAACCAAAGGCCUUACUAGUGGAUGAGGCAAACUAUGUUGACGCCACUUUGAUUGUUAUGGAUAGGUGCUUUGCUAGGGACCAAAGUUUCCAACUCUGUCAAAUCCAAUACAAUGUGACUUUGGUGAGUGGUGAUGGGGACAUUGUAGCACACAAGACCUUGCCUCUAAGAGUAUCAGAAACCUCAUCUUCAAAGCAAUCUGAUGAUAAAGGAUUAAUCUCACCACAUGAGUCCCAUUUUCAUUUCAACUUUCCAAAUCCUAAAACCAAAUCUCAACCCUUCCUUCCAUAUCAUGCUAGUACAAGCAAACAAGGUGAAAAUCAUCCAAUAAUGUUCGAGUCAUCAAGCAAAAACAAGACCUUAAGCGAUGAUCAUAAUAUUUCAUCCGUGGGAUUUUCUGAGGUCAAUCUUGUGAUGAGAAUGCCGUUGCAACUGAGCUGGGAAAUGGUGAAAGAAAUAACAGGUGGAUUCACAAGAAUGACGUGUUUUGAUGAGAAUGAGAAUUUUAAGACAUAUUGUGGGUAUUUGAGUGACCAUCACUCCCAAGUUUUGGUAAGAAGAUUCACUGGGCAGUUGGAUUGUGUUCUUAAAGCAGAAAAGAAAGCAGCUUUGUUUAUGCAUCAUAAGAAUAUAUUGGGGUUGAGUGGUUACUACAAGGGCAAAAAUGGUACAGUUCUUGUCUACCCUUUUACCCGAAGAUGGACACUAGAUAGAUUUCUCCAUGACUCAAAGGGAAAACAACGAACCAAGAUGACAUUUCAAGAGAAAAUAAAGAUAGCAAUAGGAAUCGGUGAAGGUGUUCGUUACAUGCAUGAAGAAUGUCCUCGAGGCCCCAUUGUUCAUGGUGACUUAAGGCCGUGCAACAUUUUUCUGAAUUUUGACUUAGAGCCGCAGAUCACUGGCUUUGGUAAUGCUACAUGGCUGCAUCUAAAACAAGGGUUACCAAUUUCCAGUAACAGGUUCUGGCACACAGAUCCUUCAGACCAUGAAUCAUUGGCUUUAUUAAAAUUCGAUAUGAUUCACUUUGGAAUUCUACUCCUAAGGCUCUUUUGCAGAAGAUCUGCUCCGCGAGAUGACAAAAUUUUUGUAGAUUGGGCUCGACCAUUGUUGCUACAAAGAGCAUUCCAUAAGUUGCUAGACGAAGACAUGGAAGACCUGGACGUGUACGGAAUAUUUAGAGUGAUGUGUGUUGCAUCUCAGUGCAUAAAUACUAAGCCUAUUUCACGACCUAGUAUGAGCGAGAUAAUUUCAGUUCUCAAGGGAGAAACUUCAUGUGCUAUGCAAUUAUCCCCUUCAUCAGAAGGCAGCCCAAAUAUGGACUUUAGUGGCUCAUCAAUUGGUAGACUUGUGUGUAAUUUAACCUCAGAGUUGUCACUUUCAGAAUAGCUUAGGUGUGGUACCCAAAAAAACGUGCAGAAAAAAAAAUUAAAAAUAAGGAAAUAUAGAUGUAUAGAAGAAGGGAAUAUCUUUGGGAUCUCUCCUAAUUCUUUUUUUAACUGGCUAGCCAGAUAUUUGCUUUCUUUGAAAUAGUACUGAUUAGAUAAUUUUCUAUGGCAAUAAACUACUAUGUUUGUUGUCAUGUCAGGAAAAUCUUCAUAUCAUCAUCUUGUUCUCCUUUUCUUCUUCGUCAUGAAUAUAUAUAAAUACCAGUUGUGCUUCAUAUUCAAAAAAAUUACUCAUAAUUUAAAUAUUU